AUGAGCAAUUGCUUCGAAUUACAAAAGAAUAAACUCAUCUGGAAUGGCGACUUAAGCGAAUUAAAGUCUUACGUCGCAGAAACGUUAAAUAUAAACGGUAAAUGGAAGUCACCAUCUGGGGGACGCUGGUUAUUUACUAGCGAUGCUUUGUCUAUAACCUGGUAUUGUAAAAGCAAGACUGUCUUAUUUCAAGGUCCUCGUGGCAGCGAGGUGGCUGACUCUUUGAAGAGAAAUAUCGAUGCAUCGCGAACCGUAAUAGUGAAAAAUGCCGAGCUAAACAUUGCUACCCCUGCUGCUUCCGAAAGACGGAAUGAGUCUAUCGAUAACCAGUAUCGUCUCAGUUUUAACAAUUCUAACUCGAGCAUGUUUGAUAGAUCUAGCAAUACCACAACAACUAUCAACCGAAGCGACUCGGAUACUAGCGAAGGAAAAGCAAAUGGGCAAGAAGUGUGUUCAGACAAGCAGAACGAAGGCGAUUAUAUAAUGAAUUGCAAAGACUGUAGUAAAUUAUCUGUAGAAGUAGCAGAAAUAAAAUUGGACUUGGCUUUACUAUUCCUAAAAGUUAAUACUGCUGAGGCGCCGGAUACAUGUGAAUGCGAUCGGCUACGAGGCGAAAAUCAGCUAUUGAAAGAAGAAAUUAAACUACUCAAGGAAACACUGCAAGGCAUGGAAUUGUCAAAAUCGCCAAUUAACAUCGCUUUCGAUAAUAUGAAUAAUCAACCAACCGUCACAGACAAUGACUCUGUCGUGCUAAUUGAUAUAGAAGAAUCCGAAGUGAACGUAAACACUAGUAUGAAUAAUUUACUAUCUGCAAUAGACAAUGACAAACAAUAUAAUACCCGAGGGCCAGUUGUUAAUGACUCUCUUAUGAAAUAUAGCAAUCCCAAUAAACCAGUUGGUCAUGCUGAUGAACCAGUCGUCCAUGACUCCCUGACCUCAUUUGACCAUCUCCUAAAAGAAAAGGCCGCUUUAAAUGCCAGCACGCACCGUCAUAAGAGGAAUCAAGUGCAUAGUUCUCUAACUAACACAACACGUUUUUCGAAACCUAAUUACCGGCGCAAUCAGUUUUCCAAGCCUAAAUAUCAAUAUCGUCAAACAAAUUUUCCCUCAAAGAAUUUUCGAAGCGGUCGCUAUCGAAGGAUUCCGAAACCAAGAACAACAACCGCAGUAAGUACAGACACAAGAGCAAGCCAAGUCAACCCGAUAUUCAAAGUGAAACCUUUCCAAUCAAAGUCAGAGUUACAGCUCGGAGAAACGAAGUCCUGGGAAGCCUACCUACAGUUCGUCAACCGCACCUUGGACCAGUUUGGAACCCUUGUCUAG